UGCAUGCCCUCAAUCCCAUUGCUCCAACCUAUCAACUCCCUUGGAAAAAAACUUAUAUGAAAUAAGGAUAAUACUAUUUUGUUAUUCUGGCCAAUAAUACAAUGAUGUGAAAAAGUUAUCCGAUAUGUCAUUGCGUAAUUGGCGGAAAUAGCAAAAAUUGCUAUUCCUGAGAGUUUCUCUCCAAUCCAAUCCCCAUUCCCCGGAAAAACCCUAAACCCAACGGAAUUCCCCGCCCCAACCCACAAAACCCACUCUGAAAAGAAAGGAGCGCUUCUUCAGCCAUCGACGGUGCUCAAAUUUCUCUUCCUUCUCUCUCUCUCUCUCUCUCUCUCUCUCUCUACGGUAACCGUAGAGAGCAGGCUCCGGUGGAAAGAGAAGCGAAGGGGUCGACGACGUUGAUGUGCCAACGCCGAAGCGGGUGAACUGGUCAGGUGGGGUUCGGAUCCGGUUUUGCAUACACUGCUUCAAGAGCCACUGAAGAACACGACGCUAUACAGCUUCAUAGGUACGCUUGGAAUUUCUUUGUUCCUCUCUCUCCCUCUACAUUGGCUUGCUAUCAUUUUUCCAUUUCUAAUUUCGGAUUUUUUUUUCUUUUUGCUAGUUUGUUUUCUGGAUUCAAUAUUAUUUUCUCUGAAAAAAAAAUAAAAAAAUGGAUGAGUGGGUUUUAAUUUUUUUUAAAGGUUUUUUUUUUACUUUGAAUUAAAUUUGAGUGAUGAAACUACUAAAAUGCCCAUGCCAUCUUUUCUUAAUUACUAAGUAAAGGGCCUACCCAAAUUUGACGAAUUGUGCCAAAUGCGAGUUUCGAACCCGAGCGAGCUCCUCCUUAUCCUAAGAAACGCACGACCACCACCAUCCCGUCUAUCACGCGCUAUUUGCAAUUAUUUUACAUUUAAAUUCUAAGAAUACGUUUAGCGGUUGGCUCGUCCUCCCACCUCUCUCCCUGUUUCUCUCUGAAACCCUAGUAAUGGUGAUGCAGAACACUUAGCAGAGACGCUUCUGCCCAAUAUAUGUAGAAACGGUUGUUGAAGUUAAAAUCAACAUGGAGGAUUUGGAUGAUAUUUUCCUUGACCCUUCUAAUGCCCCUGCUCGUCCUGGCGGCCGAUUUCGACCCAAGGCAAAGCCCCGGCCAAGCAAGGUAGCAUCUACAGCAGCUACUUCUGCUCUUCCUAAUGACAGGACGGAAAAACCUGCCACAUUAUCUCCCACUGUCUCAGAUACUGUUCCAUCUGUUAAAUCCAUUGAUGUUGGAGAUGUUAAAGUAACAGAUCCUGUAGGUUCGUCCUUGGCCACAUCAGAGAUUCUUGGGAACAUAGAGCCAGCAAAAAACAAUGAGAAUUUAUGUACAAAUGUUGCAUCGUCUGAUGGCAACAAGGACACGAAACCUUGCGAGUCAGCUGCAACAGCUGCUCCUCAACCGGAGGUUGCAGCUUCUGUUGGAACAGCAGCAGGGGAGAAUGCAGACAUAUUCUCUGGGUUGGAAUGUCUUGAUGGUUUUCUAAGUCAAACUACCAGGGGUACAGCAGAGAGUGCUGCCAGUAAGCCCCAUGUUUCUGCUGAGUCUUCAGCGUUCAUGGUUUGUGAUGUUGCAGAAGCUCAAACUUUUUCUGAUUGUUGUACAACCCAAGAUCCCGUGUCCUGCAGAGAAGUUUCUGUUUCUAACAAACCGGAUGAAGUGCAGUUAGAAACAAAGGUAGAUGGGGCUUUCUCAGAAUUUGAAGUUCUAGAUGUUGUGUCUGAUGCUACCAUUUUGUCUGGACAACGUGUUGGAAAAUUUCAACCCAAGCUCAAAGUGAAAAAAGGAAAGGAGCAUUUGCACAUCCCUCCCGCUGAAGUUGAGUGUAUGCUUUCACAAGCUGUGUUAGUGCCUUCUGAAACUGACAUGAAUGAGAGCUCACUUCCUGCCUUCCCACCUGGACAUGUUCUUGAUCACCCAUCUCCAAGGUUUGGUGAUUCUAGUACCCCACAUCCAACCUCUGAUCCCCUAGUGAAUACAGAAUACAUUGCAGAAACUACCCACUUGGAUGGCGCCAUUUUUGGGGAUGCUGUGCGUUCAGAAGAUGUUGGGGGGACACUUGGAAAAGAGGGUCAUAAGAGUAGAAAUAGAAAAGGUUCUACUGCAUCAAAUCAUUCUCAGAAGCACAAAUCUUUUGCAGCCAGUGAGGAGGCUGAAGGUGGGACAUCAUCCAGGAAGUUGAGGAAGCGGUUACCUCGUCAAGAAGUUGAAGAGCUAGUGCAUGAGGCUAAUGAAGACAGCUUCACUGCUGAACCUUCUAGUGGAUCAAAUGUUAAUGAAGACGAGAAUAAUGAUAAUGAAUAUAGGGAGCAUAAGACAUCACAGAGGAAAAGAGCACCAAGAAAGUCCAAGGAACCUGAAUCUGGAAAAGAAGAACCAGUAAAAAAACGUAAAAGAGCCAAGGAAGCACCUGAUAAAUCAACGAAAGACCCUCCCAAAAGGUUUUCCCAUUCAACUCGUAGAACCAAAAGACAUGUGGACAAGUCUUUGCUUGAAAUCCCAGAGGAUGAAAUUGACCAUCAAAGUUUGUCUCUAAAGAAUCUCAUUCGUCUAGCAGAGCAUAGGGAGCUGUUAGCGAUUAAAGAGGCAAGAAAAAUGACAACUCCAGUCCCCGAUGAAAGUACUAACAAUGAUUCUCACAAGGAAGCUAAUCAUGAUGAAGAGAAUGAAGAGGAGACCUUUCCUUCAGAACAAGACAGAAACUCUGAAGAAAAUCAAGCAAGCUAUCGGGUUAAUGCGAGUUCCUUUUUACUCAAUUACCAGUCGUACAUGGACAAAACACCCACUGUAAGAUGGUCUAAACAAGACACAGAACUGUUCUAUGGGGCUAUUCAGCAGUGUGGAUCAGAUUUUACCAUGAUUCAAGAACUUUAUUUUCCCGGUCGAACACGUCAUCAAAUCAAGUUGAAAUUCAAGAAGGAAGAACGUCAAAAUCCAUUACGUAUCAAUGAAGCCGUAUUAAGUCGUUCGACUUGUUCCACAGAUCAUUCCCAAUUUACUUCAUAUAUUGAGAGGCUGCAACAAGUUGCUCAGGCAAACAAGGAGGAGGAAGCAGAACCAACUCAUGAUACUGAUGAGGGAGUGAAAAAAACUGAGUUGGAAGAACCUGAAGAUCAGGAAGCUGAUGUUGCUGAAGUUCAAGAAGAAGCUGUGGAUGCUGAAGUUGAGAAUCCAUUGAAGUCUGAUGAAAUUGAUGACGAAGAAUUUACGUGGUCGGAAUGACAAGUCACGAGUAUUUUUUUCCCCUAAUAUAUUUUUUUCAGCCAUGACUGACUUUCAACGAGAAGAUAUCGUACUGACAAAUUGGAGGCGAUUCAAAUCUUGUUAUUGAGAGUGUUACACAAGGAAAACUAACACAUGGAAAUCAUUCUCAUUUUGACUAUGGAGAAUGUGGAGAUAAAAACACAUACAGUAUAUUGAGUAGCCAACACAGUUGCAGAUGAACUGUAAGCACAGGACGGGACAAUGGAUACCUCAGCCUCAAAUCUGGGCACAAAACUAUACCAUGCCUGUUUCUAACGAUAUUUUGAUCUUAUCAGCUUUUAGGCCUCUGCGAUUGUAAUAUUGUUUUCGAUAGCAAAAUAGAUAAACAUAUUUAAUAAUGAAUGCUCUCAUAUCUUUUUUC